AUGGUUAAUAACAGUUGCUUAAAGCAGGUUGAACCCGAAAUUAUGCAAUUAGUUCCCAUUCUCAUCGUCGGAAUAAUCUGUGAACUUUCCCGCUUAGCGCUUUGGUGCGCGGUGGUAGUGUUUUUCGCUAACUGCGUAAACGGUGCGCCAGCGCAACUGUGUACUGCAGCAGCUGAAAACGACCCGAGGGCUGCGCGCUUCUGUCAGGCACUUAACACUUUCCUGGAGUUAUAUGCCGAGGCAGCAGGCGAACAAGUGCCUGAAUACCAAGCCCUAGUUCGCGACUACCCUCAACUUUUGGACUCCGGCAUGAAGAGGCAAGACGUCGUCCACUCCUUCCUUCGUUUUGGCCGCAGGCGCUGA